AUGUCUCCCACACAUUCUAGCAAGCCGAGUAUUGCGACAUCAGUCGAUACCUAUCUCAGCAGUGACACCACGGGAGAUUGGAAACGGUAUUCCGCCAAUGUGGACCUUGAGGCCCAGCAGCCCCCAAGGAAGUGUUUUGCUUCAUUGCGGUAUCUGCUUCUCACCAUCUACCGUCGCUUGUUCACCCUCAUAUACUGCGCCAAUGCGGUCGCAUUCGUGAUCAUCAUGGUGCAGCGCCAAGACAAGCUCCUCGCCUUUGUCAACGCAGCAGCCGUCAACUUACUCAUAUGCGGUCUGGCGCGACAUUACCUGGUGGUGAAUGCCAUCUUUGUGAGCAUCUGCCGCAUCCCACAGUCGACUCCUCUCUGGCUGCGCAAGAUAGCAGCCAAGGCGUAUCAUUACGGUGGCGUACACAGUGGAUGUGGUGUAGCAUCCUUCCUGUGGUAUGUGGGCCUCGUGGCUUUGAUAUCGCGGGAAUAUUGGAUGUUUCCAGGCUCGGGGACCGUUUCCCUGCCGGUGGUGAUCCUCGCCUAUGUGUUACUCGCAGAUCUGAUGGCAAUCAUUGUGGUUGCGCACCCCACAUUCCGGACAAAGCUCCAUGACUAUUUUGAGCUCACGCACCGAUUCGGUGCAUGGCUGGCGGUCGCACUUUUCCUGACACUUCUGGUGGUGUUUUCCGAUCAGGCGCGCCAUGCAGAAGGCGUGAGUCUUGGACGAUACUUGAUCAAGCUCCCUGCGUUCUGGAUUGUCCUCGUCAUCGUCGCCACUAUUGUCCAUCCCUGGCUGAUGCUUCGUCGAGUGAAAGUCUGGCCCGAAUAUCUAUCUCCGCACGCGGCUCGACUCCACCUGGAUCAUACAUCCACGGCAUUUGGUAAAGUAAUCGCGCUCUCGAAGCAUCCAUUGCGAACGUGGCAUAGCUUUGCAACCUUCCCCGACCCCGAUGGCAAAAGCUUUUCGUGCAUCGUAUCGAAGGCAGGUGACUGGACCACUCGAUGCAUUGAUCAGCAACCGACCUAUCUAUGGAAACGUGGAACACUGAUGUACGGAUUUAUCCAUGUGAUGCGCGUCUUCCGCAGAGUGGUCAUUAUCGCCACAGGGUCCGGAAUAGGGCCAUGUCUCUCCUGGCUGAGCGAGAAGAAUCGCCCGCCGCUGCGAGUCCUCUGGCAGACACGAAACCCGGGCCGGACAUAUGGCUCAGCUGUCCUCAACCUCGUGCGUCAGCUGGACCCGAACCCACUCAUCAUCGAUACCAAUAGCAGCGGGCGAGUGGACAUGGUCCCAAUGGCGCGAGAACUUGUCCGGGAAUUCGAUGCGGAGGCUGUCUGCGUCAUUAGCAACGCGGUGCUCACGAAAAAAGUCGUGUUUCAACUCGAGGCCAGUGGGGUGCCUGCUUUUGGGCCCAUCUUUGACUCUUGA